UCGAAUCUGGAGUCAGUCGUAGCCUCUCGGGUAGACAAAUCGGUAAGAUUUUGGAGGUGUUUUCGAGAAACAUGGAUGAAGGUCUUAGUGAUGUUUUGGAGAAAUCUGAUCGACUAUUUGAGGAUUGCAAAUUUGAAGAAGCGGUUCAGCUGCUGAAACCACAUGUGAAUUCAAACAAAUUUGAGGUUCUGUGGCGUGCAGCCCGAGCAAUUAACGCACUUUUCAAGGAACUUAUCGGGAGUCAGUCAAAAAAGGCAAAUGCUUUGAUCCCAGAAGGAUUCCAGAUAGCGUCGACCUUGCUCGAAAAAUAUCCACAAGAAUCCAAAACUCACCAAUAUUACGCCAUAUUUCUCGGUCAGAAAGCGGAAAUCGAUGGAGUACGGAAGCAAAUCCUGUCGCUAACCACAAUUUUGGAUCACAUAAAAAAGGCGCGAGAAUUAGACCCACAGGAUCCACUCGGAUGGCAUUUGGAGGGAAAUUUCUACGAAAAGUUGUGCAGCCUUCAAUGGUUCGAGAAAAAGUUUGCUGCCGCUUUGAUACCCGACUUGCAGUGGCCGAGCUAUGACGAUGCUCUCCGGUGUCUGUUGAAGGCAGAAGAACUGAAACCGAAUUUUUCGUCUCUCAAUUUGUACCUGAUUGGGAAGGUUUACUACGGGAUGAAAGACUACGACUCUGCUAGAAGUGUUCUGGAACGAGUGAUAAAUUGGAAACCUGUAAGGACUGCAGACGAUAGAUUUUCUAUAGCAGCAGCUCGGAAGCUUCAGCAAAAGCUAUAAAGAAUAAAAAAAUAAUGUUCGUCAAUUUCUAUUUCGUUUCAUUUAUUUCAAUUAAAAAAACUGUGAAUGACAUCAUGAGGAUUUUUUUCUGAAUUUAUAUAUUCUAGAAACUUA